UUCAUUUGGAGGAGCUUUGCAAACAAUUUAUUUUUUUGGCAAUUAAAUUUUUAUUGAUAACCAAAAAGAAAGGUACAACCAGCAAACUCAACAAGAGAAAACCAAAGGGACAUAAAAAGCACCAGAAUCCUAAUCCAUCCACUUUCUAGGAAGGGUUGUGAGAAAAAAGACUCUUCUUGAGUAAGCCCUAAGGAACAACUCCAAAAGAAAACAGACACCAGAGAUUAAACUAACAUAGAAGCUAAAGCAAGAGCAUCCUUGGAUCUUCUUCAGGACAUCUACAAGCAACUGAAAAGAGAAUCUAUCUCGAAUACUUGCUGACCUUCAAGAAGCCUAUCUACAAACACCUUUUGUUUUCUCUCAAAUGUGAUACAUGCUUUCCACAAAGAGCAUGACAUUAUAGUCUUACUACUGUUUUUCUUACUUCUACAAUUGUUUCACAGCACAUUUAACAACUUCAGCAAAGGGGAGAAUGGUUCUCUGAAUCCUCAACGGCUACAUUAUAGAGAACACAGGUCUGAUCUGAAAUCACUCCUCAAUUAUACAGUCUGGUCUUGGUAAAAAGCUUUCCCAUUGACAGUUAGCCAAACAAUGAAUAUUGUAUUAGGGCUAGCUUUGUGAACAAUUUUUCUUACCUAUUAUAUGUAAUAUUGCAAUUUUACUUAAUGUUCCUUUGGAGUUCCAGAAACGGAUAUAAAUAGACCUCUUAGAAACAUCACAUACAUGAAGUUUCGUGCAUGAUCAUAUCACUGAUAUCACUGUCCAGUGGCUAGUGGAAAACUGAUUCUAGUAGUACAUUUUAUUUGCCUUAUAAAUUCGUACUGACACCGUCAUAUGAGCUCAAAACCAGAUCCAAACAUACUAUGAAGACUUGUUUUUUAGACCCACUUCCCAAUUCAUUGACCUUUAGUCUUGUACUUUUUUACAAUAGUUUAUUACAUGAUCCAAUUUUUAGUUCUCUUUAAAUCUCCCUCCUUUUCCCUCCCAUUUAUCCUCCUCUUCACAGCUCUUCUCCAUCAAAAAUACUUUGUUAUUAGUAGGUGCACUACUAAACAGUAAACACCCUUAUUUAAAGAUAAAGAUUAUCAGACUUAAAUUUUGGAAAGCAAAAUAAAAAAAUCUUAGUUUUCCUCUCUAAUUUUUGCAGCAAUGCAAACAUUAUCAUGUUUCAGCAUUGCUACUAUGUUCUUAUUCACCAUUGUUGUUGCUGAAGAUCCUUACAGAUAUUUUAACUGGAAUAUCACUUAUGGUGAUAUUUAUCCUCUUGGUGUUCGUCAACAGGGUAUUUUAAUUAAUGGGCAGUUUCCAGGACCAGACAUUCACUCAGUUACUAAUGAUAAUAUCAUCAUCAACGUUUUUAAUAAUCUUAAUGUUCCUUUCCUUCUUUCAUGGAGUGGAGUUCAGAACAGGAGGAACUCCUACCAAGAUGGUGUGUAUGGAACAACUUGCCCAAUUCCACCCGGAAGAAACUUCACUUACAAGCUCCAAUUCAAAGAUCAAAUUGGUAGCUUCUACUACUUCCCUUCUCUCGCGUUCCACAAGGCUGCUGGUGCUUUCGGAGGCAUCAGGAUCCUUAGCAGGCCGAGGAUUCCGGUUCCAUUCCCUGAUCCUGCAGGUGACUACACUGUUCUCAUUGGAGAUUGGUAUAAGGCCAACCACACUGAUCUGCAGGCAAUCCUUGAUGAUGGACACAAGCUUCCUCCUCCAGAUGGUAUCCUAAUCAAUGGUCGUGGAAGUGGUGCCACAAUCAAUGUAGUGCAAGGAAAGACUUACAGACUCAGAAUCUCCAAUGUCGGUCUGGAGAACUCUCUCAACUUUCGUAUCCAAGGCCACAAGAUGAAGCUGGUGGAAGUUGAAGGGACUCACACGCUCCAAACCACCUUCUCCUCACUUGAUGUUCAUGUAGGACAGACCUAUUCGGUGCUCAUCACUGCUGAUCAGCCCCCUAGGAACUACUACGUCGUAGCUUCAUCGCGAUUCACCAGUCCUGUGCUCACUACAACAGGUAUUCUUAGCUAUGCGAACUCUGGAGGCUCAGUCCAAGGCAAGAUCCCUGGAGGCCCAACGAUCCAGAUUGAUUGGUCCCUCAAUCAGGCUCGUGCUGUUAGGACAAAUCUUAGUGCAAGUGGACCAAGGCCCAACCCACAAGGGGCUUAUCACUAUGGUAAGAUCAACAUUACCAGAAUUAUUAGGCUGCAGAAUUCUGCAGGCCAAGUGAAUGGAAAGCAGAGGUAUGCUGUUAACAGCGUGUCAUUUAUUCCUGCUGACACUCCACUUAAGCUUGCGGAUUACUUUAAGAUUGGAGGAGUUUUCAGUGUGGGGAGCAUCCCCAGCAACCCGAGUAGUUCAGGGAUCUAUCUAGCUACUUCGGUCAUGGGUGCUGAUUUCCGAAAUUUCAUCGAGAUUGUCUUUGAGAACACUGAAGAUAUAGUUCAGAGUUGGCAUUUGGAUGGUUACAAUUUCUUUGUUGUUGGAAUGGACGGAGGAACAUGGUCACCUGCCAACAGAAACCAGUACAAUCUCCGUGAUGCAGCUUUUCGUUGCACCACACAAGUGUACCCAAAGGCAUGGACUGCAGUCUAUGUGCCAUUGGAUAAUGUGGGUAUGUGGAAUUUGAGGUCGGAGUCAUGGGCACGACAAUACUUAGGACAACAAUUCUACCUCCGAGUCUAUACACCAUCGAGAUCCCUAAAGUAUGAGUUCCAUAUCCCCAUAAAUGCUCUUACCUGUGGAAGAGCAGCAGGCAGGCGCACAAGACCUGUAGCAUAAACUAGUUUAGUUCAAGUGAGUUUGGUAACUUAUAUUCUAAGUAAUACUAGUUUUGUUGAAUUAGAGCAAAACGAUAAGUAAAAGCUAUUGCUUUGAUUUGCAAUAGAUUCUUUUGGUGAUGCUACAUUGGCACUAGUUAGCCCCGAAAUGAGGCUUGUAUCAUCAGUACGUAUAAUUAGCAUUACUACGACCUCCUCUCAAGGUCGCAUUCUUUAAAAGUUUACAAUGUUGUAUGUUUUUCUAUAAAACAUGCUCUUAUGUUUA